AUGACUGCAGGUUUGAAGAACGUUAUUGUCAUUGGCGGCUCGUAUGUUGGGCUUGCUGCUGUGAAGGAACUGGCUACGCUUCUACCAGUCACUCACCGUGUCCUGUUAAUAGAACCUCACAGCCAUUUCCACCAUCUCUUCGCCUUCCCCCGAUUCGCCAUCGUGCCAGACCACGAACACAAAGCCUUCAUCCCCUACACCGGCUUCUUCUCCACCCUCCCCAACGCCCCCAACCACACCAUCGUCCGCGCCCGCGCAGUAUCCCUGCAAAAGAACCGCGUCACCCUCGACAGACCAUGGCAAGGCUCAACAGAAAUCCCCUUUGAGUACGCCGUCGUUACCUCAGGAACACGACUCCAAGCACCUAGUAACAUGCAGCACGAUGAGAAGAAGCCUUCUGUUGAGUACUUUAGGUCUUACCAGAAGGGUAUCAAGAAUGCCAAGUCUAUUGUGAUUGUUGGCGGUGGUGCGGUUGGUGUGCAGAUGGCGACAGAUUUGGGGGAGGUGUAUCCGGAGAAGAAAGUUACGCUUGUUCAUUCGAGGGAUAGGCUUAUGCAGCUUUAUCAUGAGAAGAUGGAUGCUAUUCUGAGGGAUAGAUUACAGGAGCUUGGUGUUGAAAGUGUUAUCACUGGAACACGAGCCGUCAUCCCAGCGAAGGGCUUCCCAACAGACGGAUCAACAUUCGAACUAGAACUCAAAGAUGGGCGAAAGAUACAGACGGAUCUUGUUAUUCCUGCAACAGGUCAAACACCAAACAACCAGUUCCUCAAGGAUCUUCAGCCUACGUCUGGAUACGAGAUUAUCAACCCCGUCAAUGGCUUCAUUCGAGUCGCGCCGACACUACAGUUCGCUGACCCCGAGUAUUCGAAUCUGUUUGCAUGCGGUGACAUCGCCGACAGCGGAGCUCACAAGGCCGCACGCCCGGGAGCUGGACAAGCGCAGGUUGUAGCGCAGAACAUCGCUGCUAUGGUGAACGGCGGACGACCUGAGCAGAACGUCACGGUUGACCCUCCUGCUAUUCACCUAUCACUCGGAUUGAAAAAGAACAUUGUGUUUAGAAAUCCCGGAAAGGGACAAACUGAACCAACCAUUAUUUGGAGAGACGAUGGGUCGAGGGAUAUGAAUAUUGAGGGAGUUUGGGAGAGGAGGGGCCAGAGAGUCACGCGACAGGAUGACUACCAUCUUUGA